CAUACGUGCGUAACCGCAAAUGCAUAUGCUUGAGUACACAAAGUUUGGGUCCUGUUCCCGACAGAGUCAAUUCGACGCGUGGGAUUUGGGCGCGAUGCGGACACUAUUGUACCAGGGCCAUUGUCAUCAACAGACUAUUGUACCAGGGCCAUUGUCAUCAACAGAUCGAACCUGCAUUAGCGUACCAACUAUAACCAGUCCCUUGAUCCUCUAUAGAUUCACUUUAAUCCGAUCGCAGUAGGAUUGGACAUCACAUCCACUGGAACUCUUCUACCGGCAAUCAAAAUAUCAUUCCCAUUCUAAAACUGAACAGUCAUCUUGUGAUGGACCAAACCAUCCUCAGUCACUUCCUGCGGCAUAUCGCUAGGGUCAACCUCCCUCAAAUCCUCCAAUGCACUCCCAAGCCUAUCACGCGUAUAACGACGUGUCUCAACCUCUUGCCCUAUGUUAUCAUCUCCAUAAGAUUCGCGCCUAUCCCAAUAAACAGCUAAAAACCCACCUUCGCCCUCAUUCCAAAGGGCCUUUGGACGAUCAAUGAUGAUAAUCGCCCGUUUCCACACCCCUUUCACUUCCAACCGCGGAAUAUGGAAAUCAGACACUCCAGUCAUCUCCCUCGAAGCAAUCUCAGCGGAAACAUGAGCUCUACACGUUUCGAUCACCUCCUCUUCUGGCAUAUCACUUGCGAGUGGCAUCCCCCAUACGUCAAUACGGUCACGCUCACCACGACCCAUCAUCUCACGGUCUUCCCAAGUUUCCUCGUGUAGUGAGUGGGCGAGGCUUUCUAGAUGACCAGGGUUAUCCGAUCCGGGCGUGAUGUCGUAGAUUUGAAGGGAUAGUUGAGGACGCUUAUCGUUGAUAGGGAAGUCCCACGGUGAAUAUCGAUCGCUGGGAUUCGCAAAGUCUUCCUGAACCCAUGCGGUGUAGCAAAGUGUUUCGUCGUGGCUGGGGACUUGUUCGGUAAUAUCGUGGAAGCGAAUUUUCACGGGAGGCAUUCCGCCGGUUGAAAGCCUUCGUCCCGAGGGGGAGGUCAUUGUGGUGGAAUGUGGUGAUGUGGAUGAGUCUAGAGUAGUGGAUUUGAGGUGGGAAGAUGAGUAAUAACGGGGGCGUAUUGCGAUGGCCUUGAAUCUGAUAAAUUUAAAGUUGCCGAGGC